AUGAGCCAGUCUGGAUCUUUGCGCCAUGAUGCCAGGGGCGGCCAAGACGCAAUCAACGCGAGUAACCAGUCCCUCGCUUCUCAUCAACUUUGCACAGCGACAUCGGUCGACCACCUCGGCUUCCCAACACCAGCAUCGCACUCUUCUUUGGGAGUAUCCGAUAAUCGGACAGUAAACACUGGCCAGGAAGCACAUCCCAUCCCACGUGAAUCGAACUCGCAGUCCGCGAUGCCCUCAUCAUCUCCGUCUGUUGGCUUGGAUCAGCUCAAGAGACCGGAUAGUGAUCGUGAGGCACCUGAUGUAGAGGCUCACGCAGACGCGUGCGAUACGUAUGAUGAAUACGGCCAUGUGUCACUACAUGACGAUGUCUCCGACGAUUGUUCUAAUCCCGGUAGCGAAGCUUACUGUCGGGCCAAGGCAUUAUCGCAGAAAGCGUAUAGCGACUUGUGCCUUUGGAUAAAUGCCCCAUGGAUGACCGACGCACGGUUGAGUGGGGCUUCUCAAGGUUAUAAGAUCCUUCCCGACCGGUACUCGAUGAACUUCUUUCUUCAGCUGUACCUUGAGAAGUUUCAUCAGUUGCUGCCCAUUAUACAUAAGCCGACCUUCGACCCCAACAGCGCGCCGGUCCUCUUGGUUCUUGCAAUGGCUUGUAUCGGGAGUCACUAUUCCGAUAUACACGAGGCUGCAGGAUUCGCCAAAGAGGUCGUCGAUGUGCUUGGAGGGAUCAUUUCUCAGAUGGUUGACGACGACGAAGAAGACGUCGGUCAAGUCUGGUUUGGUCAGAGUGCAAUUCUCACCCAAGUCGCACUCUCCUUCACCUGCCAAAGGCCCUUGUCUGAAAGGGCGCACUACACCAGGAGCACUCUGAAUCUCAUCGGCCGAAAAAUAGACUGUUUCGGCAAGGCAACUACCGCCCCGAAUCUCUACUCCACCCCUCAGUCCAAUGCUGAAGAUGUAUGGAAAAGUUGGAUCAAGUGGGAGGCAGAAAAGCGAGUUGCGUAUGGGAUUUGGUUGAUCGACAGCCAGCUUCGGUUGUUCUUCAAUUUACAAACAUUCAUAACUACCGAGUGGCUUCAGUUUCCGCUUCCAUGCCACGAAAGCGCUUGGGAAGCCGCGGAUGCGGUAUCUUGGUUGGAGCAAUACCAUCCACCCGAGCCAAGAACGAUUCGGCGAGAGCUGGAAAAUCUCUACAGGGGUACAGAUAUGGUUAAGGGUUUGGGCCAAUUCGCGUUUUUGAUGGUGCUCCUGGGAUAUUUCCGCGACAACUUGUUCUUAAUACAAGCCUGUGACGCUGGACUGUCCACAGUGUUAAAUUGUGACGGAACACCUAUUGUUGGCCAGUCCGACAUUCUCCAGAACGAGGAAUUUUGGGAAAUGUUAAACCCUGCCAGGCGAUCAAGACCUGGGGGCAUCAGGAUGGAGAGGCUUCUUUCUCAGCAUUAUCACGCCAUUGGCAUCCUCUUGCGCUUCAGAUUUGAUGACCUUCUCGCCUUCUCGGGUUGGCGAGUCAGUAAGUCCAAGGAAAUUGAGACGCGUAUGCGGCUGUCGACAUGGGUUUUGGGGAGUGGAAAGGAUGCGCGUAUCGCCGCCUCGCACGCGGGCAAACUCUUUGGCAUACUUCGCCAUCACCCCACCCAGGGUUAUCACGAGCCUCCGUCUAUUUUCCUGGCGUCACUCUCUCUAUGGGUGUACAGCAUUUCAAACAGCAGGUCUUUAUUAGGCCCCUUCGGAAGAUGCCUACAGCCACGCUGCUGGAGCCAGAAGAAUUCCGAGCAAACCACGAACACGGGGCCGUUGAGAAUUGACGAGGAAUCAGAUAUCAAAACAACAAGGGAAUGGGUGUCGAAAGGGUGCCAUAUAUCCGGCUCUUUGGGUGGUGUUGGCGGCCUUUACGAGCCCGAAUUCAGUGCCCGGAUCCUGGACCAGGGCAUUCGAUUGAUAGCGACACUCGGUUGUUGGGCAGUCGGCGGAUCCUUUACUGACAUUCUGAGGCCUCAUCAGGCUCAGUCGAUAACGAAUGGAUGA